AUGGCGGGCCACAAGAUCUCCAAGCCCAAGGACGACCCGACCAAAAAGAGAAAGAGAGACCUAAACGAAACCGACGCGCGAUCAAAGAGAUCAAGACAGCCGCAAGCAGAUUCUACGGCCAACGGAGACGUUGAAUCCGAAAAACUUCAAAAUGGGGAGGAUAUCAUUAGUCGUUCUCAUGACGGAGAGACUGGCUGGAGACUAUCUAAGCCCAUGGGUGGUAGAAUGCUUGACAUUGAUCCAAUCCUAGCUCAGGACGACCAAUACUUAAUCUUGACGUACAACACCUCCGUUCAAGUAUACACAGCUAGCGACUCGCUUCUCCUGAGACGAAUCUCGAUAGGCGUCAUCGAUUCCUCCGCGCAAAAGGGCAACUCUCCUGCAACCAUUGUUGCGACUAAGCUGUCUCUCCAGAACCCUGAAUACCUCUGGGUAGCUUGCUCAGAUGGUCACAUUUAUUAUGUGAAAUGGACAGAGACAAACGAGACGCACCAGUCCUUCCAGACUGUAACGGGAACUGCCAAAGCUAUCACGGUGACAACAACGAAUGCUUCGGGUGCAGAGGCUGAUAUUGUCGUCGUGGCCGAAUCGAAUGGCGCAAAUCGGAUGGAACUGACCGCAUAUGGAGGCGAUAUUCUAUCUUCCCCUCUGUCAAAGAAUAUAUUAGCCGUCAAGAAGCCAGGCAAUGGCCUGCAUCUGAUUGAGUCUAGCCAAGACGGCCUUGUUUUGGUUGGCGCUUUCAACGACACUCUAUUCCUUGGUGUGGCAUCGCAGGAGCAGCCAACCAGCUUCGAACAAAUUCAGUACGAUUUCUUUUCUUUCGAGGUCCCAGAUCUUAUCACCACUCUUGACUUCAGAGUGUACUCAGCCUCAGCCCUCUCUGGCAACAAGAGCAAAGGGCAACGAGAUUCCGACAAAGUAGUGGAUGUUAUCGUUGGUGGAGCAAGAGGAGCUAUUUAUCUGUACCACGAUGCCUUAUCUAGGAGUCAAGCACUUGGUAAAGCCAGCUCAGCUAAAGAUGGAAUCCAAGCGCAAAAGUUUCAUUGGCACCGGAAGGCAGUUCAUGCAGUCAAAUGGUCUCGCGACGGCAAUUAUAUGAUCUCGGGAGGCUCCGAAAACGUUCUUGUUAUGUGGCAGAUGGAUACCAGUAGAAGAAAUUACCUUCCGCAUCUGUCUGGUAGCGUAGAGAACAUUGUUGUUUCUCCUAGCGGAUCAUCCUAUGUUGUACACCUAGACGACAACUCCACAAUGGUCCUAUCAACUGCUGAAAUGAAGCCGACGACAUAUGUAUCUGGAAUUCAGUCCGCCGCCGUUGAGGCUACGACGCCCAAGGAUUUGCUCGUACAGCGUGUCUGGUCGGUAGCGAACCAAGUACGACGGCCUAUACCUGCUGCGAUCAAGGCAACGGAGCCUUCCAAAUUUCAUGUUUGCGUUGGCAACGGCCGUCAGGCUACAAUGACGGGAGAAUUCUCAGCGCCGCUGUUGCAGACUUUUGAUCUUGAAACCUUUAUGAGCGUUUCUAAGCAAGCAUUGGCCCGCACGCAGCCUACCGAUGUGAACCUGACAAACAAGGGCUACGCCAUUGAAGAGCCAGUCGUCACACAUAUCGCCUUUUCUGCGGAUGGAAAGUGGUUGGCUAGUGUUGAUGAUUGGGUUCCUUCAAACAGGGAUGCUGGAACUGUCAGUGGCGACGCGGGGGAGCAAUUCCUCAAGGAAAGACAUGAGUCAUAUCUUAAAUUCUGGCAAGUCAAUGAUGAGGACAGCUCGAUUGCUCUUGUAUCGAGGGUUAAUGCUCCACACGCAACGAGCCACCCAGAGACGGUUCUCGAUCUUGCAUCGAACAAUGCCUCAACGUGCUUUGCCACUAUUGCCGGAGAUGGUAUUGUUCGCCUAUGGCGACCCAAGGCCCGCCAGCAACAAGGAUCACGAAGAUCAGAGGGCACAACAGAAUUCACCUGGGUUUGCUCCCAGGUGGUCCCCAUUGGAGACGGACUGGCUCGAAAUGCCAUUGCAGAUAUCCCUAAUGACGCCUCAGUCCCCGCCAAGGCUCAAGGUCGCCUUGCAUUUUCAGAAGACGGCUCUACGCUGUUUGCAGCAUUUGGAGCACUUGAUACAGGAGCCGUGUAUGUGAUCAACGCAGCUUCUGGUGAAGUCGUCAAGGUUUUGGAAGGGCUUUGGAAGAAGCAGCUGCAUUCCCUGCGAGUUCUAUCGCAAUAUCUUAUUGUGCUCUCUGCAGAGCUACAUGUCUACGACGUUGUGGGCGAUGACUUACGGUAUGGAAUCGUCAUGCCCAAGGGCUCUAGAUCCGAUGAGUUGUUACAGCUAGCUGUUGACUCUGUGUCUGGCAACUUUGCCCUCACUCUCCCUGUUGGAGAUACUUCUAGCAUAGGAGUCUUCCACCCUAGCGAUCCAGAGCCGCUAAUUGUUCGAAACACUCCUCACCGGGUUGUGAGCCUUGUUUCAGUGCCCGGCACUAGUGGAUUUGUCGCUCUGGAUGACGUGGCUCAAGUUUGGACCAUUACAGAGGGAUCAAACGCCUCAACUAUUCUCGCUGCUCAGCCACUCCAAGAUUUGCGACUCGACAGUGUUUCUGAAGAAGCCGAAAAUGGCAAACUCGACAUCGUUCUUGGCGGAGAUGCUGAUAGCGACGAUGAGAUGGAAGAGGCCCAGAACGCAGACGAGGACGUGGAGAUGGACGAUGACGAUGUGCAAGCCAACAUUAUACCACAGCAAUAUCUGGCGGACAUUUUCGAUGCUGCCCCAGCCUUUGCGGGCGCUUCUAUUGAAGACAUGUUUUACAAGGUGACUAGCCUCCUCGCUACCAAACCGCUGUCAGCCGGUACUGUAUAA